UUGAGCAGACUUUUAAAAUCUUGACUGACGGAAGCCAAGCACGCAAAACUAAAGCUGAAAAAGAGAUGGUCUUAAUUCGCACCAAAAGGAACGGGAUACCAAUUUAUAUCGUUGCCAGUUUACUGGAAAUGGAGAAAUUUGGCGGAGGUAGUGCUGGCGCUAUUUUUAAUGGGAUUAACAGUUUGUUUAAAGAAUCUGCCCCCUUUGCUAUGUCGCCAGAGCAGUAUCAAGAGAAAUUAAUUAGUUCCACCGGUAGAUACAAUGGCGUCCUUACUCAGCUAAAACGAAACCGUCCAUGGCUGUUAACCAUCUAUUGUGCCAAUCAUAGAAUAGAACUUGCCGUAAAGGCAGCCUUCAACAUUAACGAGUUUCAAGCUAUCAAAGAAUUUUACAAAACGAACUAUUACCUUUUGAAAAAUUCUGGGAGAUUGCAAAGUCAGGUUAUCGAGUGCGCUCGUAGUCUUGGUAUUUCUUACUAUCGGCUUCCUAUGAUUCACAGUACGCGUUUCGUCAACCAUCGCCGCCACAGUUUCAAAACUUUGCUCGAAACUUGGCCUGCCUACACAUUAGCCUACAAGAAAUUCUGCUGCUAAUACCCAAGAAUCCACCGCAAACGUCUGUGCCAAAAUUGGCGGUCUUCUAAAGAAAUUCAAGUCCUAUUCAUUCAUGUGUACCGUUGAUGUAUACUUGGACCUGUUAGAGAAGAUUGCUCCAACAUCCAUGGUCUUUGAGGCAGAAGCACUGAUGCCAUACAAUGUUCCCUUGGCCGUGUCGAGAUCGAUUAUGGAAUUGCGGGGAAAAGAAGAUAUCAAGACCGAUGUUGAGUUUCUUGACAGCUUUAUACAUCGCUAUGUCGCUUCGGAGAAUGGCGUUAUCACUGGAGAAUUCGUAAAGGCAGGAGACAAAAGAAAGAGGAAGACAAACCGAGAAUACAUUAAUGUAGAGUUCCGCAUAGAUGCGUUUUGA